AUGAGCUGCACUUAUACAUACCCUACUGGACAUCAGAUCAUGAAAGUGUUCUGGACCAAAGGCUCAUUACAAGAGGGAAAAGAGCCUCCAGAUCUGUCUGAGGACACUGAAUACAGUCAGAGGCUUCAGUAUCUGGGAGAUAAACAGCAGAACUGCACCAUCAGACUGAGUCAUGCUGUUGAUCCAUGCACCAACGCUCCUAAAAUGAACAUCCCUCUGUAUGAGAAUGUUACAGUUUAUGAGAAUGUUACUAGUUUCAGUGCACUACAGAGUGGACGCUUCUACUGUCAGGCUCACAAUCAACAUGGAUCUCAGAGAUCAGACGCUGUAACUGUGACUGUUAAAGGACAUCUGGUGAUAUUAUACAUAUCCAUUGGAGUGGUUUGUGGAGCUGCAGUGAUCAUCAUGAUGCUGGUUUGGAGAAUCAGGAGGAUGAAAAAGAGAAAUGACACACAGGAGUCUCAGAUGGUUGAUUCCAGACCUCAUCAUGACAGACACAAAGAUUGUGAUGUUGAAUUGAGUGAUCCUGUGUAUGAGAAUGUAACGAUCAUGAAAGUGUUCUGGACCAAAGGCCCAUUACAAGAGGGAAAAGAGCCUCCAGAUCUGUCUGAGGACACUGAAUACAGUCAGAGGCUUCAGUAUCUGGGAGAUAAACAGCAGAACUGCACCAUCAGACUGAGUCAUGCUGUUCAUCCAUGCACUUACGCUCCUAAAAUGAACAUCCCUCUGUAUGAGAAUGUUACAGUUUAUGAGAAUGUUACUACUAACAGGAAUAUGCUGUAUGAUGGCAUUUUACAGUCUUUAUGUGACUGUGUGGGUGUUGAUAUGGUGACAUCAGUCAGAAUGGCUCCUCCUCUUCCUCUGAUCUUUCUGCUCAUGAUUCACGGGGUUUCUAGUGCUGAUUGGGGUGUGAGUUACAGUCCUUCACACAUCUGUGCACUAAAGGACUCAUCAGUGAUAAUGAACUGCACUUAUACAUACCCUACUGGACAUCAGAUCAUGAAAGUCUUCUGGACUAAAACACAGGAAAAAGUUAAUGGAGAGUAUCCAGAUCUGUCUAAUGACACAGAAUACAGUCAGAGGCUUCAGUAUCUGGGAGAUAAACAGCAGAACUGCAUCAUGAGACUGAGUCAUGUGACACUGAAUGAUUCACACGAAUACUAUUUCAGAUUCUUCACUGAUAAAGACAAAUGGAUUGGUGAUCCAGGAGUGACUCUUACUGUCACAGAUCUUCAGGUGGAGUCUCCUGAGAGAGUGACAGAGGGAGAUUCAGUCCGUCUGACAUGUAAAAGCAGCUGCACUCUGACUGACAGAGCAACAUUCAUCUGGUACAGAAACUCACAGCCAUUAACUGAGAGAAGAGACAGAAACAAUGAACUCCUGCUGCAGUCAGUCAGAAGAGAGGAUGCAGGCAGAUAUAGCUGUGCUGUACACGGACACAAUCACAUCUCUCCUGCUGUUCAGCUCAAUGUCACGUACCCACCCAGGAACGUCUCAGUGUUGAUAAAUGGAUCUGAUGAAAUAGUGUCAGGAGAUUCAGUGACUCUGAUCUGCAGCAGUGAUUCAAACCCUCCUGCUCUGAACUUCAGCUGGUUUAAGGAGAAUGAAAGCUCAGCUGUUGGAUCUGGACAGAGUUUCAGUGCACUACAGAGUGGACGCUUCUACUGUCAGGCUCACAAUCAACAUGGAUCUCAGAGAUCAGACGCUGUAACUGUGACUGUUAAAGGACAUCUGGUGAUAUUAUACAUAUCCAUUGGAGUGGUUUGUGGAGCUGCAGUGAUCAUCAUGAUGCUGGUUUGGGGAAUCAGGUGGAUGAAAAAGAGAAAUGACACACAGGAGUCUCAGAUGGUUGAUUCCAGACCUCAUCAUGACAGACACAAAGCUUGUGGUGUUGAAUUGAGUAAUCCUGUGUAUGAGAAUGUAACGGCUGAUCAACUUGAUGAUUGUAAACCUGAACUGAACUCGUCUGUGUAUGAAAAUCUUCCACAUAACAACAAGAGGCUGUAAUGUUUUGAACACACAGCAAAUAUUACAGCCUUUAUGCAUCUCUUUGUGGGCGGAGCCCUGAAUGAUUGACAGGAGUGCUGUGAUGACACGUGACUGAAGUAAUUUGAGGAUCAUGUUAAUCAAACAAAAAAAGACAAAGAGAAAAUCACUUACCGCUCUUGACUGAUUAACUAAUGUAGUUUUAAUUGAUUAAUCUGUAUGUCAUUUUAACAAUGAAGAUUAUCCAAUGUUAUUUUAAAUUUAAUUACUCUUUCUUUUUUCAGUUUAUUACCUGAAUACUUCUGUUAGACCUACCUGAAAAAUAAA